AAUUAAGAGUGCUAUCAUACGUUUCUGACAGUAUUGUGUGGCGCGAGCUGAGUACUAAUUAUAAAGCUAUUCUAUUCAGAUGCCACCCGGUUGACCAAGUGCUACACGCGGGGCAAAACUGAGCAAGAGUCCUCUCAAGGAACGAAUGUCAAAUAGUACUUUUCUUUGUAAAUAUUAAGAUACUCUUUGCUCGUUGUAUAGGAAACAACUCGAGGGAAGUUUAUAAUUGAAAGAUCAACUGAUUCCUUUGUAUCUCCACCUCCGCUUUUUAAUAGGCAAUGAGUGAUCUAUUAGGACGGGAGCAUGUUUCCUAAUGAGGUCCUUUUCAGCCUUUAGAAAAUGCGCGAACCCCCUGCCGCGAGACAUGGAAAUCCGGGAACUAUUUAAUCCUCGAGAUGUGUCACUGUGCGUGUCACACAGUCCAGAGAUUACAGGUGACAGGUAGUGCACACCCGACGGUUCUCACAAGCACUUUAUUUUCAACUCGGCACCGAUGACUGAACAACACCAUUUAUUUUGGGCGGCAGGCUACACGUUUUCUCCUGCCGGGUGAACAAAGCUUGUUGAAUCAAAUUGAACAGUAAGAUUUAAAAAAUGGAAGAUAUAUUAUUUGACUUGGAUCAAGAUGCCACUACAGACUUUGCCUUCUGGGGCCAGAUGGACCCUAACUUCCAGUUCCAGGCCCAGUUGGACACUCUCCUCUUCGACUGCACCGCGGUCACGGGCCAGCUUUCGCCCUGGUCCUCGUUCGGUGGCCAGUCCAUGUUCCCUGACUCGCAGAUGACCUUCACCAACCUGGACUCGCAGUCCCCCGGCCUUGGAGCCAGUGCUGAAGUGGACAGCUCCUCUGUGGACGAGCCCCACGAGAUGAGCAAUCGCAGGCAGCGGCGGUUCGUGCCCCAUCACCCGUACAAGAUCCAGCGACACGCCGCUAACAUCCGGGAGAGGAAGAGGAUGCUGAGUAUCAAUUCUGCGUUCGAAGAGCUAAGGUGCCACGUGCCAACAUUUCCCUACGAGAAGCGCCUGUCCAAGAUUGAUACACUGAGAUUGGCCAUUGCCUACAUUGCCCUCCUGAGAGAGAUACUGAUUUCCGGCCGCGACCCCAAGUCGUACGUGGACGAAUGCAUGAAGAAUGGUUACAAGAAUCAAACCAAUGCCAUUUGGAACACAAGCGAUCUGACAGCCCGGCUCUCCUGGAUAAAGUGGGAUUAACUCAGGAUGGGGCAACCCAAGUAUGUUGGACAGGGGGCUGCUGGUGGAGGAUUUAUACCCCCCUUCUGUCUUUGUUUCAAUGGCAACAUCACAUCAGGGGCUGAGUGACAUCUGCAGACUUUUUAUCAGUUCAUGCACCUCUCUCUACAGCCAUCCACUCCCCUCACAGCCUUUAAUAUUUUAAUGUGUUGUCGAUUGGUAAUGGAGUGGCAGUGUUUUUCUGGAGUUGCCUGUUGUUUUACAGGGAAUGGGGGACCGGGGCCAGACUUAAGUCCAUGGGGGCCAGACUUCAGCCCAUGGGGAUGGAAUUUCUCACAGGGGACAGAAGCAGCCUGGAAUGGGACUGAAUGAACCUUGGUCAAACUAUUUUUUCUGAGCGUAAUACUGAAGUGCCCGUGUGUUCAUUUGAAACCAUUAGCUGUUGUUCAUUGUGUGUGACACCCAAAUUUCCCGUAAGUUAAUUUAACCAAAUUAAUUAAUUUAUGUAUUUAUUUAAUUUGUUUAUUUAUUUAUUAAUCAUCUUUUUAAAAAAAUGGUUAUUAUUAUAAUUAUUUAUUUAACUGUUUUCAUUUUGAUGUUGCGAGUUGUUUAAACUGUACCUUUAAUCAAUUGACAAUCAUACGUGAUUUAUUAUGUUGUCAAAUGGACCGUUUUGAGAUUCAUGUUACUUAUUAUGAAGGUAUGUUGUUUUUGUAGUGUCUGUGUGUAUAUUGCAGUGAAACUGUAAGGACUGGUGAAUGGAUUUGUGCUCAAUGGCAAAUCAGGGAAUUUCUAACACACUGGCCGUGUGCGAAUGACCAUACUUGCGUCCUAAAUAGUAGGCCGCUUGAGCAGUGGUGUAGAGGUGCCUGGAGAAGUGGGUAUACUCUAAUUUUGUCCAGAAUUUCCCAAACAGCCUGCCGGGCAAAGGGAAGGGGCCCUGUGUGAAGAAUUCUAUGACAAACAGUGACAUUACUCUGAAUGGCCUAAAAUGAAAAUUCGCAUAUUGCGCAAGUAGGCUAAUACAGUAGACCUACUACUGAAAUAGAUAAAUGAGACUUUCAUCUGAGUCAGAAGUUCACAGGUUUCAGAUUUCCCCCAUUUUUUUCAAGUUUUCACACUCAAAUCUCACUUUUAAUAGACAAACAAGAAAAAUGCCCCUCCCCCGAGCAGCGCAGCGGUCUAAGGCACUGCAUCGCAGUGCUAGAGGCGUUACAACAGAUCCGGGUUUGAACCCGGGCUGUGUCGCAGCCAGCCGCGACCGGGAGACCCAUGAAGCGGUGCACAAUUGGCCCAGUGUCGUCUGGGUUAGGGGAGGGUUUGUUCGGCUGGGAUGUCCUUGUCCCAUCGUGCUCUAGCGACUCCGUGUGGCGACCGGGUGCAUGCACGCUGACUUUGGUCGCCAGCUGUACGGUGUUUCCUCCGACACAUUGUUGCGGCUGGCAUCCGGGUUAAGCGAGCAUGUGUCAAGAAGCAGUGUGGAUUGGCUGGGUCGUGCAACUCUGUACGGGAGUUGCAGCGAUGGUACAUGACUGUAACUACCAAUUGGAUAUCAUGAAAUUGGGGUAAAAAGUACAAUUUAUUAUUAUUUUUAUGUUCUAAGUCCACAAAAAUUCUUAAACCACAUAAGGAGACCACUUUUGAGGUCUGGGAAAAAUGUAAUACAUUUUUGAGUGAAGCUACCCUUUAAUUCAACUGUGCAGGCAAAUAAUCAUGAUAUCAUUCUGCAAGGUAGGCAUAGGCUACUUUGUAGCUAGUUAACAUAUACAGUGCAUUCGGAAAGUAUUCAGACCACUUGACUUUUUCCACAUUUUGUUACGAUACAGCCUUUUUCUAAAAUUGAUUCAAUAGUUUUUUCCCCUCAUCAAUCUACACACAAUACCACAUAAUGAAAAAGCAAAAACAGGUUUCUAGAAAUUUUAGCAAAUCUAUCAUUUAAAAAAAAAAUGAAAUAUGACAUUUACAUAAGUAUUCAGACCCUUUACUCAGUACCUUUGGCAGCGAUCACAGCCUCGAGUCUUCUUGGGUAUGACGCUACAAGCUUGGCACACCAGUAUUUGGGGAGUUUCUCCCAUUCUUCUCUGCAGAUCCUCUCAAGCUCUGUAAGGUUGGACGGGGAGCAUCGCUGCACAGCUAUUUUCAGGUCUUUCCAGAUCUCUCUCUUCGAUCAGGUUCAAGUCUGGGCUCUGGCUGGGCCACUCAAGGACAUUCAGAGGCUUUUAUUGGUCACAUACACAUAUUUACCAGAUGUUAUUGCAGGUGUGCCAAAUGCUUGUGUUCCUAGCUCCAACAGUGCAGUAGUAUCUAACAAUUCACAACAAUUCACACAAAUCUGAAAGUAAAAGAGUGGAAUUAAGAAAUAUAUAAAUAUUAGAUAGAGCAAUGUCGGAGUGGCAUUGACUAGAAUACAGUGGAAUAGAAUACAGUAUAUACAUGAGAUGAGUAAAGCAGUAUGUAAACAUUAUUUAAACAUUAUUAAAGUGACUGGUGUUGCAUUAUUAAAGUGGCCAGUGAUUCCAAGUCUAUGUAUAUAAGGCAGCAGCCUCUAAGGUGCAGGGUUGCGUAACCGGGUGGAAGCUGGCUAGUGAUGGCUAUUUAACAGUCUGAUGGCCUUGAGAUAGAAGCUGUUUUUCAGUCGCUUGGUCCCAGCUUUGAUGCACCUGUACUGACCUCGUCUUCUGGAUGAUAGCGAGGUGAACAGGCUGUGGCUCGGGUUGUUGAAGUCCUUGAUGAUCUUUUUGGCCUUCCUGUGACAUCGGGUGCCGUAGGUGUUCUGGGGGGCAGGUAGUUUUCCCCCGGUGAUGCGUUUUGCAGACCACACCACCCUCUGGAGAGCCCUGUGGUUGCGAGCAGAGCAGUUGCAGUACCAGGCAGUGAUACAGCCCAACAGGAUGCUCUCAAUUGUGCAUCUGUAAAAGUUUGUCAGGGUUUUAGGGGCCAAGACAAAUUUCUUCAGCCUCCUGAGGUUGAAGAGGCGCUGUUGCGCCUUCUUCACCACACUGUCUGUGUGGGUGGACCAUUUCAGAACCUCAGUGAUAUGUAUGCCGAGGAACUUGAAGCUCUCCACCUUCUCCACUGCAGUCCCAACGAUGUGGAUAGGGGCGUGCUCCAUCUGCUGUUUCCUGAAGUCCACGAUCAGCUCCUUUGUUUUGUUGACGUAGUGUGAGAGUUUUUUUCCUGGAACCAGUGUGAUGGCGAUUGCAUUGUCCGUGGAUCUAUUGGGAAGGUAAGCAUAUUGAAGUGGGUCUAGGGUGUCAGGUAAGGUAGAGGUGAUAUCAUCCUUAGGGUCAUUGUCCUGUUGGAAGGUGAACCUUCACCCCAGUCUGAGGUCCUGAGCGCUCUGGAGCAGGUUUUUAUCAAUGAUCUCUCUGUACUUUUCUCCAUUAAUCUUUCCCUUGAUCCUGCCUAGUCUCCCAGUCUCUGACGCUGAUAAACAUCUCCACAGCAUGAUGCUGUCACCACCGUUGUUCACCGUAGGAAUGGUGCCAGGUUUCAUCCAGAUGUGAUGGCCUGAAUGAUGGAGUGCUGCAGAGAUGGUUGUCCUCCUGGAAGAUUCUCCCAUCUCCACAGAGGUAAUCUAGAGCUCUGUCAGAGUGACCAUUGGGUUCUUGAUCCCCUCCCUGACCAAGGCCCUUCUCCCCCGAUUGCUCAGUUUGGCCAGGCAGCCAACUCUAGGCAGAGUCUUGGUGGUUCCAAACGUCUUCCAUUUAAGAAGGAUGGAGGCCACUGUGUUCUUGGGGACAUUCAAUGCUGCAGACAUUUUUUGCUAUCCCUCCCCAUAUCUGUGCCUCGACACAAUCGACCUCAUGGCUUGGUUUUGGCUCUGACAUGCACUGUCAACUCUGGGGACCUUAUAUAGACAGGUAUGUGCCUUUCCAAAUCAUGUCCAGUCAAUUGAGUUUACCACAGGUGGACUCCAAUCAAGUUGUAGAAACAUCUCAAGGAUGAUCAAUAGAAACAUUAUGCACCUGAGCUCAAUUUCAAGUAUCAUAGCAAAGGGUCUGAAACCUUAUGUUGAUGUGAUAUUUCUGUUUUUUUGUUUUCAUACAUUUGCAAAAACUUCUAAAAACCUGUUUUCACUUUGUCACUAUGGGUUAUUGUGUGUAGAUUGAUGAGAUUUGUUAUUUAUUUAAUCCAUUUUAGAAUUAAUCUGCAACGUAACAGAAUGUGGUCCGAAUACUUUCUGAAUGUACUAUAAUUGAGAAGGUUUUUGGGAAAAACUUUCCAUCUACCACAGGACGGCUAGGACUAUCAUUAGCAACACCAAACCUGGACAUUUUACUUCAUAUUAUGAGGCAUGUCUUACCUUGCUUCAAAAUAGCCUAUAGCCAAAAUCCCACCCUGGAAACAUGGAGGUAAUUAUUUUAUAAAGAUAUGCUUUCUCCUGUUAUAUUGGUUUUCAAAUCAACUUUAUUUCAUUGUCCAGCA